CAAGGUGUACACCUUUGAGACUAGUCAACGGCAAUGGGAGCGGCAUUGUCAAGAGCAGCUCAGUGGACUGCUGCUGGUUCUGGGACUGGCACACUCGAAAUCACCCCUUUAAAUGAAUCUAUUUUAAAGCAAAUUAUUAAGUUUGUAGAAGACUUCAGUACUAGACAUCCUCAGGAAGCAGCAUUUGUCUUCAGAGAGGCCCUCGAGUGGAAAACGCGGUUGGGCUGUUCAGUAUUUGGAGAGGGCUAUGAGAUCAGUGAAGCAACUGUUCAGUCUGAAGCCAAAGGCAAAGAUGGCCAGCCACUGCUUCUUCUCACGUCAGCAACUCUCAGAGUUCGCAGUUUUGACCAGCUGUCCUGUUUGCUACAAAUGGCUAUGGAAAAAAAGUUAAAGGAAGCACGGGCAUGCCUUGAAGCUAACAGAGAUCCUGUGGUGAAAAUUCUUGGCCCUGAAUAUGGAACUGUUGAAGGAGAAGAUAUGUCCAUGUUGCGUUUACUUGCCAAAGUGAAAAAAGAUGAUGACCCUGAAAUAGAAAUGAAAAUGAAAAUCUUUAUUCUUCUUCGUCAGCUAGAUUUGCAACUGCUUAAUAGCUCUUUGCAACAUAUUUCACAGGAUGUAAGACUAAAUCCAGAAGCUAUAAAUCAUGAAGUAAAUCUGCUCAAGGGUUUCUCUGGGGAAGGAGAAGAUACAGUACUGGAAUCACUGGAAUAUACAUCAGAUUACACGUUCUCUAAUGGAUGCCGAGCUCCUCCCUGGAGACAAGUGCAUGGAGAAAUUUGUUAUUUAGCCAUCAAACCACAUGACACUGAUCCUUUGUAUGUCACUUGCAGCACAGCAGGAGUGUUUUUAAAUGGAGGUCAGCAAAAGGGUAAAGAUUCUAUUGACUAUGAAAGAAGAAGUGAUGUAUAUAAAGAUAUUGUCACAUUUUUAAGGGAGAAGUCACCUAGGUUUGUAGAAAAUAUGGCUAAACAGGAAUAUAGAUUUUUUAAAGAACCGGAAUGUAAGAAGAAAUAUCAGCAUAUGGAAGUGGUCGGUGCUGAGGUCUCUGACCAGUUGCAGAACCUUUAUGAUUUUACAGAAAAGAAAGUAUCUGAGAAAGAGAAAUGUUCUGCAGAAAGAAGAUCCAUUGACCAGAAGAAAUUGGAACCAUCUACGAAUAAAACAUCAAGCAGGUCUGAAGACAUCAGUGAAAGUUCCUCAGAGACGGAGCCGGAUGAAGAGCAGCCUGUACGUCAUCAGGAAGGAAACACCAGUUUGCCGUCAGAAUACUGGGGGAUCCAGAAACUUGCAAAAUAUUUAAAG